AUGAGAGAGGAGAUCAGGUAUUGUUUUGUGGCUCACCUGUGCGUGGCCCCGCCCACCACACGCAUAGAUUAUGCUAAUGAGCAGGUGGAGCGGCUCUUGAAGGAGCUCGGCGGGGUGAGCUCCCGGAUGAGUCCGGAUGGAGCAGCGCAGGGAGCAGUGGGAGUCCAGCCGGAGGGGUCUCACCAGGACCUCCAGUCGGCAGCUGCUGCGUUAGAAACCAACACGUCCUCCUCCGGUCAACCGACGUCAAAUGGCAUCCAGAACUGUGUCAACGAGCCAAUCACCAACCAGCACAACACAAACCAGCCAAUCACCAACCAGCACAACACAAACCAGCCAAUCACCAGGCAGCACAACACAAACCAGCCAAUCACCAGGCAGCACAACACAAACCAGCCGAUCAACAACCACCACGGCAUCAGUCAGCCAAUCACCAACAAAAACAGUACCAGUCAACCAAUUACCAACCAGUGCAACACUUACCAGUCAAUCACAAACAAAAAUAUUACCAGUCAACCAAUCACCAGGCAGCAAAACACAAACCAGCCAAUCACCAACCACAACAAUAUCAGUCAGCCAAUCACCUGGCGCCACAACACAAACCACCAAAUCACCAACCACCACAGCACCAGUCAGCCAAUCACUAGCCAGCACAACACAAACCAGCCAAUCACCAGCCAGCACAACACAAACAAGCCAAUCACCAACGAUCACAGACAGAAAAUCAAUAAGCAGCACAACAACAGUCGACCAAACAACAACCAAAACAGCUCCAGCCAGUCAAUCACAGCCAAAGAAAGCAACAUCUAG